AUGACGACGAGGCGAUGGAUGGUUCCAGCACGUAAGCCCAGGGACUGGGCGACGUCGGCAAGCUGCUGGGUGUCGCUAACGCCCUGGGCAACGCCAUGGGGCUUGGGCUACGACGAUUCAACCUCCACAGAUUUGCGCUACGUCGAAGAGGGAGAUGUCGACGAGGGAGGUGAUGUAGGACUUGAGCAAGGAGUCGACACCCAUAUGCCUGGAGGUGGCGAGCCCAUGAAAGGCGACGGGCUUGACAGCGACACCUUGGAAGAAGGCAUUAUAGGCAGCGCCAUUGGGGUAGCCCCUUCAUGCAACUCUGAGGAAGGAGGAGGCAGGGCUUGUGAGGGGGUACCAGGUCGCGCCAAUGCCGAAGCCCAGACGCUGGGUUGUUCUAGCAUGCUGGGUGGCAACAAGGACAUGGCGGGCGACGGCUUUCUGGACCUGGGCUGCAUCGAGAAAUAA